CCCGCACGUAUGAGGCGCAGGCACCGCUGUGUGAGGACGUAGCCGGAGAGGACGAAGAAAACCGACACGGCCCCACCACGGGCGACGAAGGUGGUGCGGAUAAGCGGAAGCUGCAAGAUGCUGGUUUGCGCAUCAUCGGCGCGCCAGGCGGGCACCAGAGGCGCCCAACAGCCCAUGGCGUGGGAGAGAUACACGGCUACGGCGGCGACGCCCCGCACGCCGUCCAGCCAUGAUGUCGGUCUCAAUCGGAGGGUGCCCGGGGACGGGUAGCGGAUGAAGGAACGAAUCCAGGACAGCAGCCAGUGACUGACGCGAACGAUGCGCAGGCCCGAAUCAAGUUCGCUUAUCGUGCUCGGUUGGUGAAUCUGUGGGAGUCUCAAUUUCCGUAAACCCAAGGAUUGCAUUAUUCCUGCUUUUAAGCCAGGAGAAACACAAACACGUCCCGCAUCUCGUCUCGCCUUCGUUCGCCAUGCCACUAGACAUACCAGGCAUCAUCAACAGCGAGCUCGAGGCCCGCAACGCGGAGAUCUCAGCCAUCAACCGGCAGAUCCACUCCGACCCUGAGUUAGCCUAUGAAGAAUUCCACGCUCACGAUAACCUUGUCCAUCUUCUUAGCGCCCGCCGACAAGUCAUGAGGUGGGUGAGCACCUCGCUGAGAAUUCAAGACGGGGAGGACUAAGGACAGGUUGGGACGGGCAAAAACGAGGAGCGCUGGUCACCUACGUACAGCCCUGCUAUCUGCACGAGGCGUAGAUAAGGAUGGGAAUCAGAAG